AUGAGCAACAUCAUCAUCUCCGAGGACCACCCUUAUCGUGCAUAUAUUGAACAGCAAGGUCUCGACAACCUGUUGCCGAUCAGUUUCUUCCAAUUCCACCGCUUCACGCACAGCCAGAAAGACUACGCGGGUCAAGAGUACAAUAAGUUGAUCGCGCUGGUCAUGCAGCAGCGCGCCCCAGAUGUCGGCAAAGCAGCGAGCAAGUUGGAUGAGAGCAUGAAGGACCCGGUCGCGCGCUACAUCAUGUCCGUCAUUUCAUACGCGCACUACUUCACCUUCCACGACCACGUCCCCACUCACAUCAAUGAACGACAGGGUUUUGCGGACUUGAUGUGGCCGUUCAUCAGAGGUGCAAUGACGAUGACGGGUGUUGAGACGCAGUACCUAGAAGUUCUCAUCGCUGGAGUUCUUGAGCGCAAGAACUUGGAAAAGGAUGGCCUGACGGAAGCCAAGCAAGCAGGCCAAUAUGCUGAUGGGGUCGCUUUUUGGGAAGACAGCCAAAUCUUCCUCUCAGAAGCCUCGACCAUCGACAGCCCAAGGGCGGAGAAGCUGCGGCAGGGUGAGUUCAAGCUCGCCAGGGCCAUGAGGGAUUCAUGGGUCAGUCAAGUCAGGGCCACAUGCAAGCAUUCGGUUCCCCUGAGCGGGGUCGCUGUCUUUGGGUCCAGCACAUUCAAGGACGAAACCAAGCUCUGGCGACUUGACUUUCGUGGCUUGGCAAUGCGUGUCAAAGCAGAGGUCGACGCGCGGGAGGAAGACGCGGAUCCUGUGGAUCAUGAGAUGCGCGAGCUGUUGGAGAAGGCUGUGCCAGCCAUUUAG